CUUUGCUUCACUUUUUUUGGGAUAUUUUCAAAUCUUUCUCAUUUUUCUCAUUUUUAUACAAUUACACCCCUCUAAUUUAAUGCUCUCACUCUAUUUUGAUGUACCACUGCAAGAAAAUGAAAGUUUCUUGAUCACUGAAUAUCUAUAUUUGUUUCAAUUGAGUCCUCAAAAUGAUUGAAAGAAUGUGUUUGCUAAUUAAAUUUGUAAUCUUGAGCUAGCCCUAUGAUAUUUUGUCUGCAGAUUUUCUUGAAUUAGUGUGAAUUAUUGUGGUGGUUGGUUUAUGUUCAGAUCAGCUUCCAUGGCGUACCAAGGCGAUUCGAGGGAGGAUUCACCUCAGAGGAAAUUGGGGAGGGGAAAGAUCGAGAUCAAGCGGAUCGAAAACACGACGAAUCGUCAAGUUACUUUCUGCAAAAGAAGAAAUGGUUUGCUUAAAAAAGCUUAUGAAUUGUCUGUUCUUUGUGAUGCUGAAGUUGCUCUCAUCGUCUUCUCUAGCCGCGGCCGUCUCUACGAGUAUGCUAACAACAGUGUUAAAACAACAAUAGAUAGGUACAAAAAGGCAUCCUCGGACACAUCAAAUACUGGAACUGUUGCUGAAGUCAAUGCUCAGUUCUAUCAGCAAGAAGCAGCCAAGCUGCGUGUGCAAAUUGGCAAUUUGCAGAAUUCGAACAGGCAUAUGCUGGGUGAGUCGCUAGGAGCCUUGAGUGUUAAGGAACUUAAGAGCUUGGAGAUUCGAUUAGAGAAAGGUAUUAGCAGAAUUCGAUCCAAAAAGAACGAGCUGUUGUUUGCAGAGAUUGAAUAUAUGCAGAAAAGGGAAAUCGACUUGCACAACAACAACCAGCUUCUUAGAUCCAAGAUUGCUGAGAAUGAAAGGAAGCAGCAGAGCAUGAAUUUGAUGCCAGGAGGGGGUAGUUUUGACAUUAUGCAGCAACAACAAUAUGAUAAUAGAAACUAUUUUCAAGUGAAUGCAUUACAACCUACUAAUCACUACCCACAUCAAGAUCAGAUGCCCCUUCAGCUAGUUUAAAUGCUUUGAAGGCAUCAGAAUUCGUCGCGUUUUGCUUGAAUUUCUGUGGAAGAGUAUGAACAUCAGGUAUUUGAAAAGCUGCAAAGAAUCUUGAAAAUUUUCUAGCAGAGAAAUCAAAAAUGAAACCUGAGUAAUUAAUUAAUCCUUCCAUGCAUAAUUACUAAUGUGUAAUAUUCCAGCUUAAGACUUAAUUAAUUAUAAUAUAUGUACACAUAAUUAAUUAAUUAAGUACUAUAUAUUGUAAGAGAAGAAUUUAUUUUUGCUAAA